GUUGUAUCAAGUCUGGACCUGAGAACACCAGAGACCAUGGUGGAGAGAGUUGUAUCAAGUCUGGACCUGAGAACACCAGAGACCAUGGUGGAGAGAGUUGUAUCAAGUCUGGACCUGAGAAAGGGAUUCCUCAGAGCUGUAAGACUUGUGACCAUGUUAAGGACUCCACACACUGGCUUCAGAUUGAACCCUUGACUUCCACUGUCCAGGGAGUGACAAUGUUCAGACACAGGACACCCAAAGGGAGUUAUGAGUGCACAGUGUCUGGGCUCCGCUGGCUGUGUGAGAGAGAUGUCAUUCUGAAGUAUCACUUCAGGAACUGGGAACCCUACAGUCAACUUCUGAAAGACAUGCAGUACACACAAGGUGGUCCAUUGCUGGACAUCACUAUGGAGUUAGGUGAACUGGAGGAAGUUCAUCUGCCACACUUUGUCUGUUUAGGGACCAACCCUUCCCUGAGGAAUGAGAUGAAGAUUCUUCAUGUAGAGGAACAUGGAGUGUCUUUAGAGGAAGUGCAUGAGGUCACCAGAUUCCAUGUUAAGAUUCUCCAUCCCAAGUUCUCACCUAUCGCUCUGAUACUGAGAUUACUGUCUUGGAACGUAGAUGUCCACUGUGAGCUGAUGCUCUAUCUGACAGUGAAAAGGGAAACAUUAAUUUCUCGCCUGUACCUGUUCCCCUGGAACCCCGGCCAAAUACAGGCUGUGGAACAACAGGAAAAGUCCUACGGGUCUUCAAGGUUUCUCAUCUCCAGACCAGAGCAGUCCUUCAAACUAUAUAGUUUCUUCAGACUGAACAUUCCCUGUUCUACCUCCAUCAAUCCACAGAGGAUUCAUCUCAUACAAAGAGACACCACACCAAGCUUUUUCAAGGCGAUUGUGAAAAUAACAGGGAUUGACAUUGAGAUGGAGUUAUUCGGUGAUGAUGAGAGGACAGCAUGGAAAGAGAAAGUAUCACGAUAUGAAUACAUCUCUGACACCUGUUCAACUAGUGCUGUGUCGGGGGCAGGAGGUCCGGCUGAGAGCAGUCUGACUGGUUCUGCAGAGCAGCAGCUGCGUUCUGUACGGACAGAGUUUGUGAAACGAGUAUCAGGACCUGUCCUGAAUGAACUGCUGGACAGACUCCUGCAACACACAGUCAUCAACCAGGAGGACAUGGAGUCAGUGAAGGGGAUUGCUGAGAGGGCAGAGAAGGCACGUGACAUCAUCGAUAUGGUGUUGAGAAAAGGAACUGAGUCGUGUUCCAGGAUGAUCAACCUUCUUGGGGAGAUGGACCCCAAUCUUUGGUCACAGCUUCAGAUCAGUGUUGGAGUACCAACCUAAUGGUAGAAUGGACAGUAACAGUGUUGGGGUACCAACCUAAUGGUAGAAUGGAUAGCAACAGUGUUGGGAGUACCAACCUAAUGGUAGAAUGGGGACAGUAACACUCCAAUUGAACACCAUGGGGUGUAUUCACUAGGAAACAGACCUGAUCCUAGCUCAGGACUCCUACUCAACCAACACUUGUUUUUUUGUUGUUGCAAAACGUUAUGCUACGGUGGUCGACUAAUAAAUACACCCCUGAUCUGA